ACAACGAAAGUCUUGGGCACUCCCCCAUGGUGUCUCAUCUUUAAUCUACGACAGCGUCAUCCACAUAGUUUACUUGAGGAACAAUAAAACUAAGCCUAAACUCUUCAACCUCCUCUAAUGGCUUCCAGCUCCACUUCGUUCCUGUUAACCACCGCGCCGGGUGCAAAGUUUAACCGGAGAAAACCAGUGUUAACCGUGUGGGCUGCCAAACAGACGGGGUUUCAGCUAGGGAAACCCAAGGGCGAUGACUCGGAGGGAAAACAAACCGGGAAAUCACCAGAUUCAAACCCUUUCCGGUUUGAUUUCGGUAAGUUACCUGACAUGAAGUCGUUGAUGCCGGUCGUGACGAACCCUUCCACCGGUUUGGCUUUUGGUAACAACAGAAGAAAAGAUCCCGGUACGGUUUUUGUGGCCGGUGCUACAGGACAAGCUGGUAUACGCAUAGCUCAAACGCUCUUGCAACGAGGAUUCAGUGUCCGAGCUGGUGUUCCUGAUCUUGGAGCCGCUCAGGACCUUGCUCGUGUCGCGGCUACUUACAAGAUUCUAUCAAAGGAUGAGAUCAAGAGGCUAAACGCGGUGGAAUCGCCAUUCCAAGACGCAGAAUCAAUCGCCAAAGCCAUUGGAAACGCGACCAAAGUUGUGGUUACCAUCGGGGCGACAGAGAACGGACCGGACACCCCAGUCUCGACCUCAGAUGCCCUGGUCGUGGUCCAAGCGGCUGAACUCGCCGGCGUAAGCCACGUGACAAUAGUCUACGACGGGAGCAUCGGUGGAUCAACAUACAACGUACUCGACGGGAUAACUUCGUUCUUCAGCAACUUGUUCGCUCAAUCUCAGCCGCUGUCAAUCUCUGAGCUCAUCGAGAAAGUGGCUCAAACUGACGUGGCUUACACACUCAUAAAGACGAGCUUGACGGAGGAUUUCUCCCCGGAGAAAUCUUAUAACGUCGUCGUUUCAGCUGAAGGGAGUAACAGCGGAAGUGGCAGUAGUUCAUCUGAGGCGUACAAAGUCCCAAAGUUGAAGAUUGCCUCGAUGGUUGCAGACAUUUUUGCUAACACAGCAGUGGCAGAAAAUAAGGUAGUCGACGUUUCUACAGAUCCAUCCGCACCGUCACGGCCAUUGGAUGAGCUUUUCAGUGUUAUCCUGGAAGACGGGAGGAGGAAAAUGUACGCAGAUGCGAUGGCAAAGGCAAGAGCCGAGGAAGAAGCUAAAGUCGCAGCUGAGAAAGCCCAAGAGGCAGCGGAAGCAGCCAAAGAGCUUGAGAAGCAAAUGCUGAAGCUCUCUGAGAAAGAAGCUGAAGCUGCAAGCCUAGCUGAGGACGCGCAGAAAAAAGCAGAAGCUGUGGGAAUCUCAGUGGACGGUCUAUUUAACAAGGCGAAAGAUAUUGGAUCCGGACUCUCCUGGAAUACACUCGGUUCUCAGAUUGCAACUGCGGUUCAGAACGCUUCAGAAACGCCGAAAGUGCAGGUCGCUACUGUCAGAGGACAGGCAAAGGCUAGAAACUUGCCACCCAAGAAAGCCGUGGUGAAACCAGCCACAGCUGCGUUUGCGUCCAAACAAAAGGAAGAGCGUCUUAAGGAACCAGAAAAAGAGGUGAGGAAAGUGUUCGGAGGACUGUUUAAGCAGGAGACCAUCUACGUUGACGACGAUUGAAUACGCCAUUCAACGAUAUCGCUAUGGGGUUUCCGUACAGCUCUUCCUUUGUCUUUCCUCUGUUUCGACUUAAAUGUCUGCAACUCUAUAACUAUUUAUAAAUCAAUUGUUCAGUUUUUAGUAAUUUGAUUUUCA